AACUCGUCCUAAACCUCGCGAGAAGAGAAGAACGCCUCUUCGUUUUCGCCCCAAAUCUGGUGGGCACGAAUCGAAGCGCGCCUAUCGAAGCAAACGCGGCGGUAGCAAUGGCGGGGCUGUCGCUGCGGUGCGGCGACUGCGGCGCGCAGCUGCGGAGCGUAGUGGAGGCGCAGGAGCACGCCGAGGCCACCUCCCACACCAACUUCGCCGAGUCCACCGAAGCCGUGCUCAACCUUGUCUGCUCCGCCUGCGGCAAGCCGUGCCGCUCCCAGACCGAGGUGGACCUGCACACCAAGCGCACGGGCCACACGGAGUUCGCGGACAAGACCGCGGAGGCGACCAAGCCCAUCGAUCUCGAGGCGCCGCAGAAGCCGGCCUCUGCCGAGUCCAUUGACGUCGAUGCCUCGGCUAGUGGGGAGCCGCAAGAGAUGGUGGUACCGGAAGUGAACAAGGAGAUGCUCGUGGACCUCGAGACCAUGGGGUUUGCCACGGCGCGUGCCACCAGAGCACUUCACUUCUCUGGUAAUAGCACAAUCGAAGGUGCUAUUAAUUGGCUAUCUGAGCACCAGGAGGAUCCGGAUAUUGACGAAAUGCCUCUGGUACCGGCCAAUACAAAAACAGAGGCUAAUAAACCCAAUCUGACUCCUGAGGAAAUGAAGAUUAAAGCGCAGGAGCUAAGGGAACGCGCUCGUAAGAAGAAAGAGGAAGAAGAGAGAAGGAUGGAAAGAGAAAGGGAGAAGGAAAGAAUUCGAAUUGGUAAAGAACUACUUGAAGCCAAAAGAAUGGAGGAGGAAAAUGAAAGGAAACGCAUGAUAGAAUUGCGAAGACUUGAGAAAGAGGAGGAGAAAAGAGCUAGAGAAAAAAUCCGCCAGAAACUGGAAGAGGAUAAGGCUGAAAGGAGAAGGAAACUAGGACUGCCACCAGAAGACCCCGCAGCUGCUAAACCAAGUGCACCACCUCCUGUUGAAGAGAAGAAGAGUGCAUUACCUGUCAGGCCGGCCACAAAGGCAGAGCGGAUGAGGGAUUGUCUACGGAAUCUGAAGCAGCAGAACAAGGAUGACGAUGCUAAAGUAAAGAGGGCAUUUCAAACACUCCUUACUUAUGUCGGAAACGUCGCUAAAAAUCCUGAUGAGGAGAAAUUCAGAAAGAUCAGACUCAGCAAUGCUACAUUUCAGGAGAGGGUUGGAAAUCUGCAUGGGGGCAUAGAGUUCCUUCAGCUCUGCGGAUUCGAGAAGCUUGAAGACAAUGAGUUCUUGUUUCUAUCAAGGGACAAGGUUGACAAGGCCAUCCUGAAUACAGCUGGAGGGGAGCUGAAUUCUGCCAUCACCAAUCCUUUCUUUGGCGUUCUUUGAAUCGUCAAAAAGCACAAUGUAUACUCCUUGAUUUCGCCUUUGCUCGAAGUGCAGUUGUGUUUACAUGGUGCCAAUGAUUAGAUUUCUGCACCUGUUGCCAAUCUCAGAUUUCACGAGUUAAAAGUUGACAUACAUAUUCCUUCUAUAAUCUUAGUCAACCUUUCAAUUAACAUGCAAGGACGCAUAAAUUUUACUUC